GAAAAAGGGGAAAAAAAGGAAAAAGAAAAAAGGGGGAAGUCACAGUCCAUCUCGCUUCGUCGAAAAGGUCAAACGCACGACAAGAACAAAAGCUGCCCUUCUUCACAUCGCUCUGCCCUCGUGGAUUGAGGCGUAUUCGACGCCUACGCCGCCACAUCUCUACCUGCAUCGGUCAAGGAAAUACAUCACGGCUUUCGAGUAUUGCGCCUUUUGUCCUCGCAACUCACUUUGACGCAUCUUCGCGAUUGGGAUUGUAGACUUUUUCUCGUUGCAGGAAAAUCCUCUCAGUGCCGCCACAACACGCUCCGGUGAGAAGACAGCACCGUAUUGCGUUUUUUUUCUUUUCCUUCUUUCUUUUCCACUUGCUUUACAAUCGCCAAUCUACUUAUAUCUUUAUAUAUUGAUCCUUUUUUUUGCCUUUAGAUCGCACCAUGGCCUACUACGGCUAUCAGCCGGAGCAGACAAAGGCGCAAAUCCGCUCCACUCGGGGCGAAACGAUCGACCUGGCGCUGCCCCUUUCCUGCCCUGUCGGUGAGCUGCGCAACUUUCUUAUUGACGAGUACAACUACGACCCCAACACCCGUCUGCUGUACAACGGCCUCAUCGCAGAUGACAACUCAUACGUGUGCGACUACCCGUUUGGCUCCCUCAUGAUCGCCACACCGGCGGACAUGCAGUCGCAUAGGCAGCCGCUACCCCCGCGGCAGCAGCACCAGCAGCCACAGCUGUAUCAGCAACGACCGCAGGAGCCGGCACGUACGUCUCCCCGCACCUCCGCGCCGCCAAACUCGGGUACUUCGCGCAAGACGAAACCGGCGGAGAUGAACAACACCAACGCGAACAACGCGGAGCCGCGCCGAAUGAGCCAGACGGACGGUUCGCCAGACUCCAACAAGAAGAACAAGACCGCCAGCACCGUCAAGAAACACCCACCGAAAAGGUCGCCUCGCAAGAUGCGUUCGACCAGCGCGGAGUCGGACGGCUCCGACGGCGCCGCACCGCAGUCACGCGCCGCCAACGCGCCGACCCCGCCGGUACCCGUCGACGCCUCUCCCCCGCCGACCGCCGCCGCCGCCGCCGUCCGCGAAGGCGUCUCACCAAGCAACAACAGCGUUGGCAGCGCACGUGGGCAGGCGAACCGGGUGAACAGCGCGCGCACGCCCAACACCGCAACGGACGCGGUCGAUGCGUCUUCCUCGCCGUCCUCCACGGCGGCAGCGCCACCGCAGCGCUUCUCCCCGCCGCCGCCGCCAUCACCGCCCCAGCCGCAGCCGAGCUCAGCGCCAGCCGCGGCACCGCCUUCACCUUCCGCGGCGCAGCCGAGCAGCCCUGCGGUGGACGUGCAGAAUGCGGCGGAGGACGAGCACAACCACCGCCUGCGCGUGCGCUUUACCGUGGAGUGUCACAUCCCGUCCCUCAAGAGAGUCGUCCAGGUGCAGAUGAAUGGCGAGUCCUCCGUGGUGGAUUUGGUGUUGGCGGUCGUGGCCGAGGUCCCUGAGAUUGGUGGGGAGGCGCAGGUGGUCUUCCGUGGCAAAAUCCUUCCGCAGAACCCGCAGGCGAAGCUCUUCGAUUUGGGCAUGCGUGCCGACACCCGCGUCUUCGUCGCGGCAGGCGAGUACUCCAACCCCGAGACGAUCACGCUGCUCGAGAUCGAGAAGGACACGUCGGAGAUUGAUAAGGCGACGAAAACAAAUCUGACCGACCUGCAGCGGAAAGGGUUUUACGAAGAAUUAAUGCGCAUUCUCUUCCGCACAGACGGGCUGCAGUCGCUUGAAGGGGAGUGGCGGCAGCGCCGCAAGGAUGCCGUGAAGCGCAUUACGGAACUGCAGGACAAACUCGGCGUGGAAGGAAGCGGGACAUCAGUUUGA